GUGAUGUGAUGUUUCUAACUAAUUUUAUUAAAAAAACGUAUUUUUCUUACUUAUUUUAGCAAUAACAAUUUCUACAAGCAUGCUCAUGAAGACCUUCUUUCCUACUUUGUACCUUGUACUGCAAAUCGCACUUUCCUUCCCCUGGUCAAUCUCUGCAGUACCUGACACCUCUAUUGCAGUGUCCAUUGCUCAUCUUCAGGAAGCAUUUGCAGGAAAUUGCCCUAGUGAAACAAACGACGAAACAAUCACCUGUGAAGACGCUCUUCCUUAUAUCAAUCAAGCUAUUCAAAAAUAUGGAUUGAGAACAAGAGGUCAACGUGCUGCCUAUAUUGCAAACAUGGCCUAUGAAGGUGCUUAUCUCAGAUACAACUACAACAUCGUGAUUCGUAGUCAAGGAACGCGAUCUAUUCUCCCCGCUGUAUCCUUAAGGACUUUUGUUGAUGCCAACAAAGAUGUACAGGACCUUUGGCCUGACUACCCAAUGAAUGUUAACGAGACUGAGAUCGCCGACGUGUUGGUCAAAGCAAACUUAGAUUUUGAACCUGGUGCUUGGUGGACGGUCUCUGGUCCUGGCUGCUCUAGAGUUGCAUCGCGUCUAUCAGACUCUAAUAGUAGCUUCGUCGCAUGGGAGACUACAUGUAUCAAUGGAGGCGCUGAUACAAUCGUAGAUCGCCUAGCAAUUUAUAGGAACGUGUAUAAUGCUCUUCAGUAGAAGUAAAAAAAAG